UUUUUCGUUUCUCAACAUGAUCGUAUUGGCUAGGAUGGUGGUCCAGGAUGCUCUUGAUGAUAACGAAAAGGAGGAUAACUAUACCUACUACUAGCUACCAUUGCUAACAGUCAUACCCAAAUCCAAUAGAAGCAAGAUGGAGGCUCUAAUCGACUGGAAUCUCAGUUCUGAAUUGUAUGACCGUGAAGAACAGCGAAAGUUGCUGACGGCUGCCUACAGACGACGAAGGAAGGCGGGUUCCAAGCCAGAACUCAUCCUUUUAACUGGCAGAUCCGGAGUUGGAAAAACUGCUCUAGCCAAGUCAAUGAAAACAUGGGUCGAAGAUGACUGGGGUUUCUUCCUGGCAGGGAAAUUUGAUCAGAUUCAGACCCCACAUGCCCCAUUUAUAGCUGCAGUGGAAGAGUUUGUCAAGCAGGCUUGUCUACGUGGAGACGUCGUGGUUGAGCCUAUAAGGAAGGCAGUCCUCCAGGCUGUGGCUCCCGAUAUGGAUAUUCUGUUGGAAGCAAUCCCAGGGCUGUCAGAAUUGAUGGAUGGUACCCAAAGCAAAGAUAUCAAUUGUCACGAAAAACUCCCUUCCGGGCCUUCCUUUGAAGUCGGGGUUGGUACAGAACGACAUGCAUACUUUGCUUCUGCAUUUUGCCGUUUUCUUCGGGCCAUCAGCAGCAGAGAUCGAAAUCUGGUAAUCUUGCUGGAUGAUCUGCAAUGGGCAGACCCAAGCUCACUCGAGAUCCUCAGCAGUCUUUUGAAUCCGUUGCUUCUGGAUACUAUGGAAGGAUUGAUGAUAAUUGCUACCUGCCGUGAUAAUGAGGUAUCUUGCCACGACAAUCUAUCGGUUUUGCUUCGGAAAAUAGAGGACAUGGGCACUGUCAUUACUGAGAUUCAAGUCCAGAACUUGUCCGUCAAUGCGCUGUCGGAAAUGGUUUCCAGCGUUUUGGACCUCAGGGUCUCAGAAUGUCUUCCAUUGGCCUACAUCAUUCACGGACAAACCGGUGGAAAUGUCUUCUUUGCCAAGCAAUACAUCAAGACUCUGCUGGAAGAGAACAUUCUUGCAAAGGACCCAUCAACAGGCAAGUGGAUCUGGGAUGAAGCAGCACUUCUCCUCACACUCCCGUCAGCGACCGACGGCCAACUGGAUGAAUUGGUAAUCCAACUGUUGGCCAGAAAAAUGAAAGAACUACUAGUUCCUACCGAUGUUAUGGAGGUGAUGAAGGUGGCAGCGUGUCUGGGGACCAAUAUCUCACGAGAUGUUUUGUGUCACGCGAGUGCCUUUACUCCAGCUCAGGUAUCCUUGGCGCUCGAUCUGGCCAAAAACAAGGGCUUCGUCACGUAUGAUUCUGAGAAAGGCACUGGGCAUUGGGGACACGACAAACACAGGGAAGCGUGUUACUCGUUGAUCCUACCAGAGGAAAAAGCAGGGUAUCACCUUGAGAUUGGAAGGUCGCUGCGAAAGCAGUGGCCCACGGAGACGGUGAAAUCCAACGUUAUUCUGAUUGUCGAUCAAAUCAAGUGCGGUCUAGCUCAUGUAGAGAGCAUCGAUGAAGGUGAACGGGAUGAUUGUGCCAGGCUUUUCCUACGUGCCUGCAGGGAAGCAUCGAAGGCUUCAGCAUUCGGCACAGCGCUUUCGUAUGCCGAGUUGGGUAUAGAGCUGCUGAACCCCCGUCCUUGGCGGGAUCAGUAUGGUCUUAGCCUUGAUUUGCACAGCACGGGGGCAGAACUCGCUUAUUGCACUGGAAAGCAUGACAUGCUGAAUGUUUGGACAAAAGUGGUGGUGGCGAAUGCAAGGUCUGUUACCGACAAGACUCGGGUCCUGAUGACACAGAUCGUUGCAUGUGGGUCAUUGGGCAAAAUACGGGAAGGCUUGGAUUUGACCUUGGACGUGUUGGGCAUGUUGGAUGAGCCUUUUCCGAGGCGCUUUGGGAGAAUUCGGGUUCUUUUGGAGUUGUACAUGACAAAGAGAGCACUCAGGAACAAAACCGAAGAAGACAUUCUGGCCCUUCCACAACUUACUGACCCACGAGUAUUGGCAUCGAUGCAGAUCAUCUAUCUGAUGUUCUCUUUGCUUGCAAUGCGUAACUUGGACGAAUCCGGACUGCCGGCUUUAAAGCUUGUCAACCUAACACUGAAGUACGGUCUGAGCCCUAUCGCGGCCAUUGCUUUCGUUAUGUACAGCGUGACUCUUGUAAGACUUGGAGAAGUGGAUGAUGCUGCCCGCUUCGGAAACUUGGCUAUCACUCUCUCGCAGAAGUAUCCUUCAAACCAGCUGGAGGCCAAAGUUCGUUACCUUUUCUGGGUCUCUAUUCAGACGGUGGCAUCUCCUUGGCGCUGUAUGCUUGGUCCGAUCAUGGACUGCCACCAACUUGCUCUCCGCAAUGGAGAUACCGAGAUCGCAAUGGUUUCAGUUGCGUUUCAUAAUCUCUUUCGGAUCUUCUUUGGAGAUCCAUUUGAUGAAGUGGUGACUGCCCUAGUGAAGAUCGAACGCCUUUGUGUUGCCUACGGACAACUGAAAGUGUUGACUGUCACAUCUUGUGCCCUUCAAUUCUGUAAGAAUAUGCAAGGGUGUGCAAGAGACGCAUUGAAGCUGACAGGGGAUUCCUUCAAUGAAGAGGAAAAGCUGGCGCAACUGAAAGCGGAGAACGUUAAGACCAUUGCGUCAAUCAUCCUGCACCUGAAGUUUAUGUUGGCAACUCUGCUGAACGAUUAUGAUGCAGCCGAUCGCCUCUAUCGCACAAACAAAGGAGGCUUUAAGGAUUUUCUGAUUCCAUUCUUCACCACCUACCACACGUUCUUGAGGGGUCUCGUCUCCCUCGAUCUCUCCAGAGUCUCGUCUGGCCGUGCAAGGUCAUCAAAGAUUGCGGAGGCUGAAAGGAUCGUCAAGAGGUUGAACUCAUUAAUGAUUCACUGCCCAAACAACGUAGUGAACAAGCUUCACCUACUCAAAGCCGAACAGGAGUUUUGUCAUGGCCGAUACUCAACCGCGCUGUUGUAUUAUGACAAGAGUAUUAUCUACGCCGAACGCGAAGGUUUUAGCUUGGAGCAUGCUUUGGCCUGCGAGAAGGCAGGUAUCAUGCUGCAAGCUGCCGGGAGAUGGAUAGACGCCAACAACUAUCUUACCAAGGCAUUGCAUCUGUAUCGAUCUUGUGGGGCUCAGCUGAAAGCAGAUCGAAUUGACAUGCUAAUCAAUACGAAGCAUAGCCUGCCGGUAUGAGAUUCGUCGAAGCAGAAGAGUUCUUAUCAUGGCAGAGCUAUGCCCUGCCACGGAGCAUCACGCCCAGCCACUCGAGUCGAGUCGGGGACAGCAGCAUUUCCCCUUACAAGGAGGCAAUCCUAUGGAUGGACUUUGUUGCGUCCUACAUUAGUUGCGCUGAUUCUGGAGGCAGAAUUACGGCUAAGCUUAAUCUUCUUCGCCUGACCACGGAUCAAUGCCAGCUAUCGUUCCUGACAGUUCGUUCUGGUUCAGAUCCAGCAUGUCCAUCUGUUCGCCCAGUGCCUGCCAUGUCUCCGGAAUCGGGCCUUCCAACUCGUUGUCUGCGAGUGUCAGUAGCUUCAAAAACGAUAAUUGGCUCCAUUCUGGAGGGAUUGUCCCUGCGAUAUGGUUUCGACUGAGAUCGAGGUCGAUAAGAUGACUCAGGCCCACCAGUUCGGAUGGCAGAGUACCUCUCAAAGAACUUCGAGUCAAAUUCAUGGAAACAACACGAUGCAAGUGAUUACAAUGUAAACCAUGCCAAUGGCAAACCUUUUUGUUUGUCUGGUGGAUCCAAUCAAUCCCACCAUCUUUCUUGCUGUGGGAUGUGACCCGAGUUGUACGCUUACUGGCGUCACUUGGGUUUGCGUUGGGGUGGGUGGCAAAAUAGAACACGGCCAAUGCGUAGUUUUCCAGCAGUGACCAAGCUGUAUCACUGGAGAAUUUGUCCAAAGUCUUGUCAAACGUCACGAUCCAUUCUAAGGCUUUGUAAGCACUCGAUUGCAGAUUGUAAAAGUCAUCUUCACUGCUUAACCCUGAUCGUA